CUCCUGAGGCCCUCGCACAUCAGUGAGAGGCUUGUGGGUCUGCAGGUGAGGGGCUCCGACUUCACGCUGGGGAACACGCCUUUCCUCAUCCUGUCGGGCACCAUCCACUACUUCCGCGUGCCCCGGGACUACUGGAAGGACAGCCUCCUGAAGCUGAAGGCCUGCGGCUUCAACACCGUCACCACGCAUGUUCCUUGGAACCUUCAUGAACCAAGAAGAGGCCAGUUUCACUAUAGUGGAAACCUGGAUUUGAUGGCUUUCAUAUCCUUGGCGUCAGAGGUGGACCUGUGGGUCAUCCUGUGUGUUGGCCCCUACAUCGGGAGCGACUUGGACCUCGGAGGCUUGCCCAGCUGGUUACUCAAGGAUUCUCAUAUGAAGCUGAGAACAACUUACAAGGGUUUCACAACAGCAGUGAAUCACUAUUUUGAUGACCUGAUUCCCAGGAUUAGAGGAUUCCAGUUCCACGAAGAGGGAUCCAUUAUUGCCGUGCAGAUGGAGAACGAAUAUGGUUCCUAUAAUCUGGAUAAAGGAUACAUGCCGUAUAUUAAAAAUGCACUGCUGAACAGAGGGAUCAAGACGAUGCUCCUGACGGCGGACACGGGCCAGGGACUCCUGAAGGGACACACACCGACCGUGUUCGCCACCCUCCACAUGAAGAGCAUAAGGAAGGACACGUACGAACGCCUCUCCUCCGUUCAGGGCCCCGGCCCGGUCAUGAUGAUGGUGUACACCGCCAGGUCUCUGGAUGGAUGGGGCACUUCUCGAAACACUCUGGACCUGCACAUACUGAUGCAUGAAGCCCGCGAGAUGCUGCAGCUCAGGUUCUCCCUCAACUUCUACAUGUUCCACGGCGGCACCAACUUCGGCUUCAUGGGCGGGGCCGCGUUCCGCGGCCAUCGCCUCCCUAUGGUCACCAGCUACGGCAAGUACCAGUGGGUCCCGCGCGUCUGCCUGCAGCUGCCCCUCCUCUGCGCAGUGAAUCAGCCCCAGGUAUCCACCCUCCAGGUGGGCACUCAGUGCUGCCUGAGCUCCCAGUGUGAGAUGCACCUUCCCACGAGCCACGGUCCUACCCACGGUCCUGUGUCUGUGGAGACGCGGCUCUCAGCCCACCCAGCCUCCCUUCCCGCCUGGAUGCCCGCUCAGCCUUUCUAUGCGUCUGCACCUCUGAUCCUCCUGUGGCUAGGCUCAUCGGAGAUUCUGAGCAGCAGGGCUGAGACAGCUGGCCCUGGGGAGGCCGAGGUGCUGGCCGCCUCCAUUUCCGGGACAGCAGGGCGCACGGGCCAGGCCUCUGGGUGCAGGAGGACUCCCUCCCCUCAGUCCCUGCCCCUGUGGACCCUUCGUGGUGCUGGGCAGGCUGGCUGGGGGCAGCAGAGAGCGCUGCAGCCUUGGACGGGGCUGGGGAAGGAGCCAGCCUCCUGCUUGUGGUUUGCAGAGGUUCCCAGCUUCCGGCAGCGAGACUGCAAGCCUAAGGACACAUACGCUCCCCUGGCCGCAGGUCACUUCAUAUCCCUGUGGGACACCCUGAUUCACCAGGAUGACGUGAGUGCCCUGCGCAUGGACAGCGGAGCACCAACCUGGUUUCCACUCCCAUCUCUGCAGCAGCCCGUGAGGUCCAUGGGGCCGCUCUCCAUGGAACAGCUGUCCGUGAACCAAGGGAACGGCCAGUCUACUGGGUACAUACUUUAUGAGACUGUCAUCACCGGAGGAGGUGUCCUAAACUCGAAUGGCCAUGUGAAGGAUCGGGGCCAGGUGUUUCUGGAUGACAAGUAUAUAGGAGUCCUGGAUGACACGCAUCAAAGGCUGAUUCUUCACAAUGAUCAUUACAAGGAGUUCCUGACGCUGAGGAUCCUGGUGGAGAACCAAGGACGGCUUGCCUCCGGGACCAGCAUGAACCAGGAGAGGAAAGGUCUUACUGGGAACAUCUAUCUAAACAGUUCUCCACUGAGAAAAUUUAAAAUCUACAGCCUGGAGAUGCAGAAUAAAUUCAUACAGAGGAAACUUCCCAACAUCUGGAAGCCCAGCUUUCUCCAUGCUGAGGGCCCUGCAUUCUUCCUUGCCCUCCUGAGAGUCGGCAGUCAACCCAAGGACACCUUCAUGAGCCUGCGGGGCUGGACGAAAGGAGUGGUCUUCAUCAACGGACAGAACCUGGGACGCUACUGGAACCUCGGGCCCCAGGAAACGCUUUACCUCCCGGGACCCUGGCUCAAGCCCGGGUUAAACGAGAUCAUCGUGUUUGAGGAGUUCAAGUCCACCCUGCUGAUCUACUUCAGCAACGUCUCCCAGCUGGCUUGCCGCCUCCCGAGGCGUCUGCGCAAGCUGCCCAGGUCCCGAUCACGCUGUACCUGCCCCAGCACCUCCCCUGCCAGCCUCUCCGAGGUUCUCACGGCCACGUCUGCUGUGUUUCCUGCUGCCGUGGCCCUUGGGCCCUUCCUGGCCGUCACAGGGGUACUGAGAGCAAUGGCAGACAGCCUGUCCCUCCUCCUCAGCGUACUGAGCGCAAUGGCAGACAGCCUGCCCCUCCUCCUCAGGGGUACUGAGACUGACGUUAACCGGGCCAUGGCUGAGCUGAGCCGUCUCAGAGCCCUGAGCACCUGCCAGUCCCCAAGGCCCACCCAGUCGCCGGGACCACUCUAG